UGGGAAAGCCACGGGAUCAUGGCCUUCGCCCCGCCCCCGCUCCGAGGCCCCGCCCCCUCCUCGCGCUAUGGAGACGUCAUCGCCGUCGCCGCAGCCGGAGAUGGAGCGGAACCAAGCAGAAGACCAUCUCAGACAUGUAGAAAAAGAUGUUUUGAUUCCUAAGAUUAUGAGAGAGAAGGCCAGGGAGAGGUGUUCUGAUCAAGUGCAAGACUUCACCAAAUGCUGCAAAGACUCUGGCUUUCUGAUGGUGGUAAAAUGUCGGAAAGAAAAUUCAGCAUUAAAAGAAUGCCUAAUUACACACUACAAAAACCCAGAUUUUUAUGAAGAAUGCAAAAUGGAAUAUUUGAAGGAAAGAGAAGAAUUUAGAAAAACUGGAAUUCGUUCUAAGAGCAGGUUGCAGAAGCUUCCUACCAACAUUUAGCAAAAUAGUUAAUUAUGAAGAAUUUUUACCCUAAUUUCAAUGGCAAGAGCAUGAGGUACAAGAAGCCAGUGUCUUUGGUUUUGCCCCUUAAUAUCAUGGAAAUAUUGUUGUUGUUUGAAAAAAAUAUCUUUUAUUAAAUUUCUCUAACCUUUGGAGUUCUGAUUCAUUGGCUAGAAAAUGAUUGAAUCAUGGAAGGAAUGUUUUUAUGAAUAAGAUGGAUGAACUCUAUGGACCUCUAAGAUCUGCUGAUCGUUACCUUCACUUGUCCAGGGUUUCACACUGCUUCCCCUCUGUUGUACUGUGUUCUUAAACACCUUUUAUUCUUGAAUUUUUUCAUAAAUGAAUGAAUGUGUUUGUUUCAUCCCACAACUUGAUAAUAAAAUUUGAAGGCUUUUUCCCUUGG